CUCAAAAAAGUUGGUCUAGGAGUACUUCUAGUCGGGCGGUUGGGCUGCCUUUACCAUCUCCUAGGCCAGUAAGAUCAGGAGCUUUCAAAUUGUUUGUGGAUGCAGCUUUAUUCCCCCCUUCUUCUAUGGUUAGCUUUGGGUUUAGCGGAGGCGAUGGCAUGUAGAAGGGCUUUGGGUUGGGCAAGGGAGCAAGGACUUACGGAGUUGGAGGUGUUCUCGGAUUGCUCUAGGGUUGUGGAUGCAAUAAAUGGAGAGUCUACUUUUUUGUCUCAUGUUGGUUCGAUUAUUAGUGAUUGUCGAGGCUUGUUAUCUCAGUUUAAUUAUGCUACUUUGUCAUUUGUCCCUCGAACAUCUAAUGUGGUAGCUCAUGUGUUGGCGAAAAGAGUUGUGAUGGAGGCUGGGAUUUGCUACUGCGGGUUUAGUGAGGUGUAUGGACAGAUUAAGUAUAUAGAAAUCAGUAACUGUAACGGUUUAAGUCCUAAGCAGCCUGUUUUCAUCCUUGAAGACAGCCUUGUUGCGGCCUGUUUGCUUAGUGGAACUACGAUACAUGCCACUGUCCGGAGAAGUUUGGUUGGAACUUUUGAGAAGCGAAUAAAGGAAGGGUCUGUGUAUGUCUUUGCCUAUUUCGGCAUUGGCAUUAGUAGUGGAAAUUAUCGGACCUCUCGACAUGAAUUCAGGCUGAAUUUCCAACCAAGAACCACUGUAACUGCAUGUAGCUACACUAUGGGGGUCCUAACUGCUGUGGGCAAGCAAAAAGAAAUUGUUAAAGAGUCCAAAAGGACAAAGAUGAUUGUGAUUCAGUUAGAAGCGGAUGGGUAUCGAAUCAAGACAAGAGUUGUUGACACCACGGACAGUGCUACUUUCGUAGUACUGGAAAGCGUUGCAUGCUUGCUGCUCCAUAAAUCAUGUUCGGAGAUGUUGAAAUAUUCUGAGAAUCUGCCGAGUGGAGACAUAAAACCCGAUGUCUUUAAUAGACUCUUGAUAGAUAAGUCGUAUCUUUUUAAAGUUGAUGUUAGGCGUUCUCAGUUCAAUAACUUUGAUCCUACCUAUAAUGUCAUUGGCAUUUGUUUUGAUGAAAGAACAAUCUCGCGAUUCAAGGAAAGGCAUGCAACAUUUUUCUCCGUCCAGACUGAUGUGACUUUGGGACUUUCAACUGGAGAAAAAUCAUCACAGCAUACCUUCUCCAUGGGCGAGGCAUCAUCAUGUGUCAAGAAUUUGAUUGAAGAUUUUGUGCAAUCAAAGGAUAAUCAGUUUGAACGACUAGGAGAUGAUAUCACCGACUCUAAUAUUGGCAAAAGAAUCGAAGAGGUUGAAUCUGACUAUGCAGACGGUCAUGAACCGAGCAAGAAGAUGAAGACCAUUAAGAUUGAGAAAAUUUAAGACUAGAAGUAUUAAGUUAGAUGGAGUACUAUUCAGUUUUUGGGAUUAGAUUUACGUGUUAGACAUUUUAUAAUUUAUCAUUUUUGAUGACUUUGGUGUUUGAAAUUAAAAAUUUGAAAUUUUCAUUCAUUUUGUUUUUUUAAAUAAGAUUGCAUGUUUGAAUAAUUUAUACUCAGUUCAAUGUCAUUACACAUAUUUUAUACUUUGACCUGUUAUAUAGUUCAUAAUAUUCAUUAAUGUUACACUCAUAUUCUAUAUAUUGACGGAGUAUAUUAUUAUAUUGAAUAAAUCAUUCAAUAUAAGUAUAUCUUAAAGAAAUUACUAAUGGAGGU